CUCAUCCCACUAGUGCAGAACUCGGGGCUGCAGAACUGCGCUUGGGGUCUUUCUGAAGCGUUCAGAGCAUGAAGCCACUUGCAGUAAGGUGCUGUAUGGGACUGGAACCCUCUGGUCUUUUUUCCUGUUAAAAAUGUGUUAUUUCAUCCAGUUCUGUCUAUGGCAUAAUGGUUGCGUAGAAAGAAGAGCUGUGAUUGUAAACCUGGAUUGAUGCAUGCCCAACUGACAGCCGCCAGAUAAAUUGAUUCGCUGGUCAUCAUUUUCUUCCCAUGUUUCUCAGCUAAAUAAAUUAAACUCUGAAUCUCUCACUUCUAGGCAUCUUCCCCAUUCUUCAGCUGCUUUGGAGGCUGGUAGACUCACUCUCUGAUGUUUAAGCAACUUCUGAAGGAUGCAGACACAGGCAUUGAGUGCUGUCUUGCUAACCAGGAGCAGACUUCUCAAAAGCCUGUGGAGGAGGCGUAGGAUCUUCAAGCAGCUUCUGGCAGCUGGAGGUUCCCGAUAACAGAUAAAAUUACUUGACCACCAUGAGUUGGAGUUUCCUGACCCGCCUGUUAGAGGAGAUCCACAAUCACUCGACCUUUGUUGGCAAAAUCUGGCUGUCAGUGCUGAUUGUAUUUCGGAUUGUCCUGACUGCUGUGGGAGGAGAGUCCAUUUAUUAUGAUGAACAGAGCAAGUUUGUGUGCAACACGGAGCAGCCUGGCUGUGAGAACGUUUGUUACGAUGCUUUUGCUCCUCUUUCACACGUGAGGUUUUGGGUCUUCCAGAUCAUCCUCGUCGCCACUCCGUCCGUCAUGUACUUGGGCUAUGCAAUCCAUAAGAUUGCCCGGAUGGUGGAACACAGCGAAGCCGACAGAAGAAUCAGAAGCAAAAGCUUUUCCAUGCGCUGGAAACAGCACCGUGGCUUAGAGGAAACUGAGGAGGACCACGAGGAGGACCCCAUGAUGUACCCAGAAAUUGAGCUGGAAAGCGAACGGGAGAAUAAAGAGCAGCAGGCGCCGGGCAAAGCCAAGCACGAUGGCAGGCGGCGCAUCCGGGAGGAUGGGCUCAUGAGGAUUUAUGUCCUGCAGCUCCUGGCGAGGACCACGUUUGAAAUUGGCUUCCUGGUGGGUCAGUAUUUCUUGUAUGGCUUCGAGGUGAGCCCCGUGUUUGUGUGCAGCAGGACGCCGUGCCCGCACAAGAUCGAUUGCUUCAUUUCCAGGCCAACUGAAAAGACCAUUUUCCUGCUUAUAAUGUACGGGGUGAGCUGCAUGUGUUUGCUUUUGAAUGUCUGGGAGAUGCUCCAUUUGGGAUUUGGCACUAUCCGGGACACAUUGAACCACAAGAGGAAAGAGCUGGAAGACUCUGGUACUUACAACUACCCUUUUACUUGGAAUACACCAUCUGCUCCUCCUGGCUAUAACAUCGCGGUCAAGCCAGAGCAAAUGCAAUACACUGAACUGACCAAUGCCAAAAUGGCCUACAAACAGAACAAAGCCAAUAUAGCUCAGGAACAGCAGUAUGGAAGCAAUGAAGAAAACAUCCCUGCUGACCUGGAAAACCUGCAGAGGGAAAUCAAAGUGGCUCAGGAGCGCCUGGACCUCGCGAUCCAGGCUUACAACAACCAAAACAACCCCAGCAGUUCCAGAGAGAAGAAAUCCAAAACGGGCUCAAACAAAAGCAGUGCCAGUAGCAAGUCAGGAGAUGGGAAGAGCUCUGUCUGGAUUUAAUGUUGGCUGAGUUUAGACACUGUGUUUUUUCUCCUAGUUUAUCAUAACCAGCAACCCCUUGAAUAAUGGCUUCCAUUAAGUAACUAUUUGACUGUUUCAUUUCAGGGAUGCCGUUGGCUCGUGAUUCAACCUCUCACAAAGGGGUUAAACGCAUAUUCUAGGAUGAUAGAACUUUAUUCUUCUGUCUUCCAAGUCAGGAGACAAAUACUUAUAUUUAAAUCAUUCUCAGUGAACGGUUUAUGCUGUAUGUACAGUAUUAUAGUACAUUUCUUAUGCACAAUUUUUUUGUAUUUGUACACUGGAUCUCUGAUGUUACACUUUUUUAUAUUGCCAAGGAGCAAGCAGUGGGUAGCUGGUAGCAUUUUGCUAGUUUUAUUACUGUGGUCCACAGUUUUUGUCGUUGUUCUUCCUUGGUUUAAACCUAAAACUUUCUAUGCUGCGUUCCAGAAGUGCCUUGAACAUGCAGACAGCCCAGCAGAGUCUCCACUUACCCAGGCAGCCCAUGGGUGCAGCAGGGAAAUGGGGAAAACAUCUGUUAAUGGUGCUCUUGUCUCUUGUUUUUGACCCAAAUGAUGUGCUACUUAGGAAAUGGAAGUGUCAUACUUACAGCUACUGGGUGCUCCAGGGUUGGAUUCCCAGGAAAAGAUGUGUGCAGGAGUCCUUGUGUUCCAAGUACCAGUGCCAACCCUCAGGCAGAGAGGGCUCAGACCUCCCUGCGAGCUUCGUGCACCAGGAGGGAAGAGAGACUUCCAACUCCUGCAAAACAUCCCCCCAAAAGUACAUAGAAAUUGCUGGAUUCAGUAAUUCCACGUAGUUCUGUGAUAUCUAUGGAUAGAGAUGGGUUUGAGGUCUGUUGUUACAGACAACCGCUCCCCAAGAGCAUGAAGUUCCUUCCAUACCUUUUGGAUAAGAUUUCUGUCUUUUCCAAAGUAAUCUGCUUAGAUGGAGUCAGAGUGAGUUUGUUUCUCUGUGCAUUCCCUGGAGGAACAACCUUCCUCCCCCCCAGCCAGGCCACACGAGCUGUCUGGAAGAGUUUUUACAAAGCCCUUUCCGAAUAUCAAUGAUACUGCCUUAUUCCAGACCCUUCUUCCUUCCAUUAUGUCCGAGGAAUUCACUUCAGACAGAGCAAUCUGUAGAAUUUAGAUUUCUGCUUGAGAGACCAGUCAGAUUUGGCAUUCGGAGGCUUUGGCAUUACACUUGAAUUUAGAAUUAGAAAAGGAGAAUGCGGAAUAUGCUGCCUUCAGGGGUGUCUUUCUGGCAAGGACACGCAUUAAUGGUUGGGAGAUGCUGAUAAAUGUGUGUGUUUUUUGCUACUAUUUGUAAUGUAUUCAGGACCUUGCUCCACGCUGGGCUUUUGUUAGGUUUUCAUGCGUUUGAAUAUAUUUUGGGGGCUGUCUCAAGCAGGACUGUUCUGUUUUGAGGCUCCGUCAGUCCUUAGUGCCCUCGUUACAGCCUGGCCAGGGACAGGAUUGGCAAGUAAGGCUCUGUGGAGGACACGGGUGAACCCACACUCCAUUCCUGUCCCAUAGAACAUCAAAGCAUAGGCUUCAUGUUAGAUUUAAGCUAAGGGGAUAUGAGCACUUGCUUGCAGUUGUCCUCUACCCAAGCACUUGCUGACAGUAGGUAUUUUGCUGACUUGGUUUUGCUGUUUUCACUCUGGGACACCGGAGCCCAGCUCUGCUUUAGGGAGAAAUGAGUGUGGGUCAGCGGGAGCCUCCCCAGUUCACCUCCAGCAGAGAUGUUGGGAAGUGAGCUUCCUUUCUGCCUUCGUCUUUGGCUUUAACUCCUGGCCACUGCUCCAGGAAAGGAACAACCUCCCAGGUUUAUGCAGUGAAGUUUCAGGGUGAUGUGUGUAAGUAGAAGUAGGUAACGCAGGAAGCACACAGCAGUUUUGGGCAGCAGAAGUGGGCUCGUGAGCAGGGACCAGCAGUGUGGGGUUUGUUAAUAGUGCUCCUCUAGUUAAUGAGGAGGCUGAAGAGAAGCACACAGCCUGAAGAUGGGCACAGAGGCUUUGCCAGCAGAAAGCUCUGAGUGUGAUGGAGAAGCUGCCUGGAAAACAUGUUGUCUGAAAGUACUAGGGAAAGACAUUUGGAGCCUGGAGAUAAUCAGGGAUGGUGGCUACAAUCCACUCAUUAUCCCGGACACUGGGGUGGUUCUUUUCAGCUUCCCAAAAGGGGGACGUUGCUUGUGGUGGUUUCAGAACAGUCUUUCACCAGUUCAGUGGCACGAAGUGAAAAUCCUUUCCCUUUGCUGCUCUCGACACAAACUGCAGCCGUUUCUUAGCAAUGGCUUCCAAUAAAACGGGUUUGUGACAGCUCCUUCUCCAAUUCAUGAUCCAAACUAUUUCCUGCUUCAAGCUACUGCCUUGGGUCAGUCCUGUGAGCUUCUGUCCCCACCAGUAAAUACUCCCCUUAGUGGGCCAAGUGGGUAGAAUAUUCCAACUGAAUUCAUUCUGAAAAUGCAAAGUAAUGGAGCUGUUUCUAUUACUGGGGUUUUGUUUUCAUUUUAAUUGUGUAUAAAGUGCACAUUUGCUUUGAAACUGAGUGUUUGUUCUUAGUAGAGGAUGUCUGUUCCAGCUCUAAAUGUUCAUGUCUGUGACUGUAUUCAGUUUCAAAGUAUCAGGCUUGAUUUUUCCUUUUGAAGAAAUGAUACCUGCAUUACUUUAAAAUGCUCUUUUGCUUUGGCUUAAUGUAGGCCAUUCCGAAAGAAAAGUUCAGAAGAGACUUUGGGAGAAGAAAUCCUGAACAGAACUUGGGUUUGUGUUGUCAUUCUCUGGUUUUGGAUGCAGUUUGCAAAGAACAAUCUAUUAAAUCCAGUGGAUUCCUCCA